CGUGUAUCUUGUCAGUAUAUCCAUAAUCUUUGCUUACAUAUUUGAGAACGCGUAUUUUCUUUGUCAGAGCGGUCACUUGACUAUCUUGGCAAUAUAUUAGACAAUCGUUGUUUCUAAUCCGCGCUGUUAGGACCUUACUUCCACUCUAAACCGGAUGCAGAAUGUUUGUGAUGUGCCUGAUCAUAAACAUGUUAUGAUAAAAUUACUCUCUACGUUUUGUAGCCAGCUGAUAAUUUGCUUAAUACUUGAAGACAACCGGUGGCAGCUCCAAUGUCUUGUGCUUUAGCAUCAUAGUGAAUAUAACCGACUGGCUUCUCAAUGAGGUACAGAGGUAAACAGCUCCUACCAUGGUGCCAUGGAACAUCCUGUCUCUACCGUUUCCACAUCACUGGCACGGUUAGAGGGACAGUGUCUUUCAGCAGGGCCUACAGCACACAACAACAACCGCCGCCAUCUUCAAAAGAUGACGGAGCAGACAAACCUGUUGUUCCUAUUCAAGAGCGUGCUGUGGCUACAAUACAGAAUCUGACUGACUUGGGGAAGCAGUGGGGACAGAAGUCCGUGAGCACUGCCUCAAACACAGUUAACUACUGGUGGGAGAGGUACGAGGAGUUUGUCGGCCUGAAUGAAGUCCGAGAUGCUCAGUCUCAAGUCACAGAGGCAGAGAGGGCCUUCAUGGUGGCCAGAGGCAUGGUGCGCGAGGCCCAUUGCAGUCUGGAGGCCCUACAGGUCAAGCUGAAGGAGGUGAGGGACCGACUGGAUCGGGUCUCCCGAGAGGAGGCCCAUUACCUUGAGCUGGCCACACUGGAGCACAAGCUGCUGCAGGAGGAGCGUCGCCUGCGGACAGCCUACGAGAAUGCAGAGGGUGCAGAACGAGAGAAGUUUGCCUUAUUCUCAGCUGGUGUGCGUGAGAGCCACGAAAAAGAGCGGACUCGGGCGGAGCGCACAAAGAAUUGGUCUGUGAUAGGCUCGGUGCUCGGAGCUUUGAUAGGGGUCAUGGGCUCAACCUAUAUCAACAGAGUACGCCUACAGGAGCUGAAGACCUUACUACUGGAGGCUCAGAAAGGACCUGUUAGUCUACAGGAGGCUAUAAAAGUCCAGGCCGGUAUGCAUAAGUCUCAACAACAGGAGCUGAGAGGCCUUAUAGACACUCUGAGGGUUACUCUUCAGCAUAGAGCAGCUCGGGUGAUAGCUGAGCAGGAUGUGAAGAAGCCAGUGGCUGUUCGGGUUCCGGAACCCAUCGUGGUUCCACCCCAGCCUUCUCCGAGUGCCUCCUCGGCAGUUCUGAAAGAGAUAUUGCUCUAUAGUCAGAAAGCACAGAGUCUUCUAGAAGGCAUCCAGCCACAGCUAGGUCAGCUUGAACAGAGUGUUGGGAAGGUGGAUUCAGAACUUCUGGCUGUUCAAAACUUGAUUGAGACCUAUCAUAGGGAAGAAAAGCUGUCAGUAGUUAUAAGUCAGCAAGAUUCCCAGAUGUUUGUUUGCGACACCAAGAGCGUCAUGCAAGGUCUUGACCAGACGGAGAGAAGACUUGAGGCCUCAAUAAGCCAGACUACCAUGUACAACACUGUUCUGGCUUACGGUGCACUUGCUGUCACUGUUCCUGCGCUGUAUAUCCUCUUUAGAGGUGUUUGACUAAUGUUAAGUACUGUAAGAGUGAUAUUAAUCUUACAGGGUCCAUCUUUGAUUUACAAUGAAAUAAUUACAUAUUAAUAUUGUGAUUGCUGUUUAUGUUUUUACUACAGGCAAAAUGAACCAUACACUGAUGUUAAAUCAAUACUGUAUAUAUUGAGUGUGAAGCUAAAAUGGUUGCAUAUUGGUUGCAUUAUCUAGAUAAAAAGCAAAUAUUCAAAAUAUUUGAAUUAGAGUACUGUCUAUUAAAAUGUAAUACAUUGUCAAA